AAUAAUAAUAAUAAUAAUAAUGAGUACAAUGUAUUGAGAUCUUCAUGUACAAUUGUUAGUAAUGAAGACAAUGAUGGGAUUUAUUCAGAUGAAACAGAGAGUAUGAUUAAUCAUGCAAGAAGUUCACCAAUGAAUGAUAGUAUAGAUACAAUUGCAAAUACAAUUAGGAUAACACCACCACCAUCAUCAUCAACAGCAAUAACACCAACAACAACACCACCGCUGACAUCAAAAAGUAAUACUGAUGAUGAUGAUGAUGAUGAUGAUGAUGAUGAUGAUCAUAGUGAACGAAAUGUCAAUCAUAAUAAUGAUACUAAUUCACAUACAACUAUUGAUGAAGAUUUAAUGACUAGUUAUGAAGCUUCAAUUGAUAUAGAAUAUAAUAAUAAUCAUUAUGAAUUACAUAAUGAAUUAAUGCAUAAGUCAUUUCCAAUCAAUUCACUUAACUCAAUGAAAAAACCAGAGAAACAAGUAACAUUUCAAGAUAUUAUUGAAAUUUCGACAAUUUAUUCUAUUACAAAUGAAUCGCAAGAGUCCAUUUCACAUCAUUAUGAAAAUGGUGAUGAUGAAAACGAUGAAGAAGAUGAUUACAAUGACGAUGAUGAUGAUGAUGAAGAAGAAGAAGAAGAAAUGAAAAUGACAAAACAGAAUAGUGUAAAUAAAAGACUAAAAAAUCGAUUGAAAAAUGUAAUCAAUUCCAAUGAUCAUAAUGUUGGAUUAGUCAUAGCAACAAUAGAACAAAAUAACAAAGAUAACUCAGAUAGUAAUAAUCAGGUUCUUUCAGAAAAAGAUUUAUUAAGUUUAUAUACAGAUUGGGCGAAUCAUUAUUUGGAAAAGGCAAAUUAUUCAAAUUUAAUAAAAAAUAUACAGAAAGAUUUAUCCAAUGGACUAUUGUUAGCUGAUAUUAUACAUGCAGUAGCUAAUAUCAAAGUUCAACGUUUAUGUCGAAAUCCGAAAACAUCCGCUCAAUCACUUCAUAAUGUAUUGGCUUGUUUUCAAGUGCUCCAGUUACUUGGCAUUGAAACAAAUGGGUUUACUGCUCAAGACAUUGUGGAUAGUAAAUUAAAAUAUAUACUUGGUCUAUUUUUCAAUUUAUCUAAAUUUAAACAAAAAACAAAAAAAUUACAACAAUCUCAAGUAUAUACAACAACAUCUUCAUCAAUAAUACAAUCAUCAUUCUUAACAACAACAACAACAAUACCAACUAAAGCAACAAUUACAUCAAUUCAUUAUCCAUCAAUGUUUAAAUUACAAAAAAAUCAUAUUUCUAAUGAAAAUGAUACACAUCAUCACCACCACCACCACCACCAACAACAUCAUGAUUAUCAUCAGGAUUCAUUAAUUGUUCAAUCAACACCACCUAGACCACCACCACCACCACCACCACGUACUAUCAAUACUACUACUACUACUACUACUACUACUACUAAUACUACUACUACUACUACUACUACUACUACUACUCAUAGUAGUCUAUCAAAACAAACAGAUCUAUACAACAAAUUAGACAGUCCAAACAACAACAACAGCAGCAACAACAACAACAACAACAAUCUAAACAAUGGGAAUCAACAUCAUCAUCAUCAUGAUCAUCAUCGUCAUUAUCAAUCUGUAAAUAAACAAGAAAAUCUUUUAAUCGGACAAUUAAAAUAUCCAAUUAUGAAUUUGAAUGAAACAUUGUCCAAUUCAUGUUCCAAUCCUUUAAUAUUGAACAAAAAUAAUGAGAAUAAUGAUAAUUCUAAUAUGAUUGGAAUUAAUGCAUCAUUAAAUUUUACUAAACCAAAUGUUACAUCAUUACGUUUUCCUUCAUCUAUUUCAAUAACUACAUCAUCAUUCAAUGGUUCAUUAACAACUUCACCAAGUUCAAUAACUAGUACAAAACCAUUAUCACCACAAUAUCAAACUAGUAGUAUUCGUCAGUCUAUACCACGAGCAAAUAAUUUAGUGGAUAUAAAAGUAAAAACUCAAAAAUUAAGUCAAUCUCAUAAAAAGUCAUAUGAUUAUCAAAAUAUUAAUAAUUAUACAGUGAAUAGUGAUAUCAGUAAUCCGUGUAAUAAUAAUAAUAACUCAUCUGUAACCCGAAGUAAUAAAUUACAACAGAAAACACUUACUACUCCAAUAUCAUCAUUAUCAUCGACAAGAAUAAUAACAACAACAACGUCAAUAACAGCAGUGACCGCAACCUCACCUACAACCACGUCUGUAACAGGAUCAUUAAUCUUGAAUAUUAAACAACAGCAACAACAACAUAGACAACAGAAUACUUCUAGUGAUGUUGUAUGCGAUUCAACAACAACAACAACAGAUGAACUACAAUCACAACAACAGAACUCGUUAUCUGAGCCCAAAAGUGCUCCAGUCGGUAUUAGCCCUAAUCAUUCAAACAAAUCAAACAUAUGCAAUCAAUUUAAAGCGUCCAGUUUUGAAAGAUCAGGAUUAAAAUCUGUAUCUGAUUUGAAUAUUAAGCCAUCCAAAACAAAAUCCAGUCACCAUCAUCAUCAGCAACAACAGCAUCAUAACAACUAUCAUCAAAAACAAAGAAAUUCUCCAUCACCAAAAAAAUCAAUAAUCAAUAAACUAUCACCAAGUGAAAUAGAUAGAAAUAAAUUACAAAAUUCUCAUUAUAUAACUAAUUUAUCACCAAAAUUAUCCUUGGAACAAAAACUAAUCAAGACAACAGAGAUUAUCCCAUCUACAAUAGAGAAUAUAUUACCAUCAUUAACAACAACAACAACUUCAUCUGGUAUACCAAUGCCACGUCAAUUCAAUUUAUAUCAACAAUCUAAUAUGAAUUCACAUCAUAUGUCAUCAUCAUCAUCAUCAUCCUCUUCAAAGAUUAAAGAAUCUCCAACAAAAAUGGAACGUGUUCCAUAUAUAAAUUAUCCAAUUCAAAAUCAAUCAACUUUAGAUAAUCAUUCAAUUAAUAAUACAACUUGUCAUAUGAAUAUGAAUAGUAUAGAUAAUACAUAUCAAACAACUAAUAUUCAACCACGUAUAACAUUAAGUCAAUUUUAUCAUAAUACUACUACUACUACUACUACUACUACACAAAAACACUAUCCAUAUUCAAUAAACUAUAAUCAAUCAAUAACAUGUAUGAAUAAAUUAUCUGGAAAUAUUAUACAUACUACUACUAAUACUACUACUCCUACUCAUCCUCCUCAUCCUCAUACUACUAUUACUGCUACGACGACGACGACGACGACGACUACACCAAUGAAUAUUCAUCAACAAAAUACAAACCAAACUUUAAAACAAAUAACUACAUCUCAAGAACUAUCAUCAUCAAUGAAUUAUUCACCUUCUCUACCACCGCCGCUGCCUCAUCAUCAUCAUCAUCCUUCACAUUAUCAUCAACAUCAACAUCAUUCUAUCCAACAUCCAAAUACAUUUAUCUCGGGAACAAAUGAAUUUCAACAUCCAAGUACACCAGAUCGAUCUCAUUCAAUCAAUUCAAUAUCAACAAGCACAAUACAACCAUUAAUGUCUAGUUACCUUUAUGAUACACGACGUUAUAUGACUGGAAACAGUAUAUUUGAACAAAGGACUAAUCAACAACAACAACAACACGUUCAACCUACCCAACAAACUCAUCAAUCUCAUCAUCAAACAAUACCGCUUCAAUCAAAUUCACACAUCAUCAAAACUGGUAUUCCUUAUUCAAAUGAUACUAAUAUUAUUUGUUCUACAGUUAACCAAUCAAUACCCAUAGGUUUACCACCACCACCACCACCGAUACCCCUCACACAAUAUACACAAAUACACAAUCAUCCAUCCAAUGUAAACGUACAACAAUACUCACCGAUAAUUCAACCAUUUGUUCCACCGAUUUCAUAUCGUCCAGCUGCUCAAGCGCCGAAUUCCAAUUUUAUGCCAAUUACACACUGUAAUUAUUCAAGUGUAACAAAUACUGCUCCUACUGUCACCACAACGACGACCACCACUACUACCACUACUACUGUUUCUACUAUCAAUGGUAUUGCUACAACUACAAUUGUAAACAAGAAUAAUGCAGUUAUAAGUCGUCGUGUUAGAAUUCAAGAGCCAAAUCAAGCUCAAAAUGUAUCUAAUCAUCAAUCCAUGCAUUCAGUACAACAAGUUAAUAAAACAUCAUUGGUAACAAAAACUAGACAAGAAAUGAAUGCGACUACUACUACUACUAGUAGCAGUAGUAAUAGUACACCAUCCAACCUGACAUACAAAUAUUUGCCUAAUAUAUCCUCUCAAACACCAAAUGUGGAAGAAAUUACCCAACCUUCAUCAGAAACUACUCAUUCAAAUUAUUAUCAUUCUCAAUCCGGUACACUUAAUCCUAUCCAAUCUACUGAAAUAAUUACAACACAGACGACAUCAUCAGGAUUAACAUCGUCAACUCUACCAGUAAUCAACAUAGAACAACAAUCAUCAUCAUAUCAUAGAAGUUUAAGUAAAAAAUCAAUAGACAAUACAGAACAACGUCGUAAAGCUCGUGAAUUAUAUGUUGCUUUAAAACAACGUUAUCCAUCAACUAAUCAUAAUAACACUAUAAAUAAUGAUUCUGUAAAUCCACAUCGGCGUCAUCAUCAUCGUCAACAACAUCAUCUUAAUGAUGAUGAUGAUGAUAAUGAUAAAAUACAAACACCUGAUAUAAAAACUAUUAUAAAACCAAAUCAGAAUAAUGAAACGAACCAACAUAGAAAUAACACAUUGAUUACACAAUCCAUUGAACAAAAUAAUACAAAUCCAAUAACUAUACAAACAUUACAAAAAUCUAAUACUUUAACUGAUGAUAAUCUAUCAAAAAAUAAUCAAUUAAUAAAUCAAUAUUAUUCAGAAAGUAAUUUACAAUUAAUCCCAUCAAAAUCCAGUGAGAUUCAUCGAAAUAAUCUUGAUCCACAACAACAUUACCACCACCACCAACAGAAACAACAACAACAGCGAUUUCAACAACAACAAGAACAUGAACAGCAACAGCAGCAACAACAACAGCAGCAGCAGCAUCAACAACAGCAGCAACAUCAACAACAACGGCAACAGCACCAACAUCAAGAGCAACCUCAACAACAACAACAACAGCGAUUACAACCCAAUCCAUGUGUAUCAGAGAAAGUUGAUUUAUUUAAAAGUAAUUCAUUACAAUCUAAUUUCAUGAAAGAACAUUUAAUGAUGAAUAAGAAAUGUAAUUCAUCCGAUGAUAAUAAUAAUCAUCAUCAUCAAAUGAAUCGAAUCUAUUGUGGUUAUCAAUCAGAUAGUGGAAUAGAAUGUAUUAAUUUACCAAUUCAUAAUACCAAUUUCACAUUACCAUUACCAACAAAACAAUCAAAUAUGAAUGAUUCAUUACAUCAUACGAAUAUAAUUGGAUCAUUGCCAAGAAAUUUACAUAAUCCUUAUUCUAUGAUAUAUCAAUCAAAGAUGUUAAAUUUUAAUUCUAUGAAAUCAUCUAUUCAUCAAAUUGAUGUUCAUCAUGAACAACAACAAUCUCAACAACAGGGAGGAGGAGUUGGACGAGGUGGUGGUGGUGGUGGUGGUGGAGACGAAGGAGAGAAUCUAGGUAAUUAUGCACGUCGUAUGCAUGAACGAUUACAAGAAGGUAUGAGAGAAGCACAAGAAUCAUUAUGGAUGCCUGAUUUACCAGAAUUAAAUAGAAUAAAUCGAUUGAGUGACAGUUCAUCAAUGAAUAAUAAUGGUAAUAGUAAUUCAUCAACCGCACAAUUAUCUGAUGGAAUGACAAAUUUAAGUUCAAGUAUCGAUAGAAAAAAACAAACAAUCAUGAAAAACAUCAAAACAGAACCUCCAACACAAUUAAAUGAAAAACAUUCUAACAUGGACAAUUGUUUAUUAACAUCAUCCUCAACACCACCAUCACCAUCAUCAACAUCAACAUCAGUAUCACCAUCAUCACCAUCACCAUUCAUUAACUCUAUAAACAAUAAUAAUAAUCAUUCUGAUUAUUCUAUUCAUAAACAAUCGAAUAGUUAUUCCCCCUUGAAUUCAAGAUUUGAUUGGUGUCAUAAAUUACAUAAUAAUCAACCAAUCAUAAACAAUUUCCAUUUACAAUCCCUUAGUAACAAUAAUAAUAAUAAUAAUAAUAAUGAAUAUACUAAUAUGGAUAUAAAAAAUGGUGUAUGUUCAGAUGUGGAAGAUUUAUUAAAUCAACACGAAAGACGAUUAAUGUCCAUUUCAGGAACUGAAAACGAUAAGAAAACCAAUGAAUUAACACGAUUCAACUCAGCUUCAGAUACAGAAGAAUUUCUUUCUAAUGACUAUAAAAUUCAAGCAUCGAUAAGAGCUAUGAAUUAUGGUUACAUGGGAUGUGAUCCAAUUCAACCUUCACCAUAUAAUUGGUUACGUAAAGUGAAUAACAAUGAAACUGUUGGAGAUGGAUUGCAUAAUCGUUAUUUUAUUCCACCAAGAUUAUGUAAUCUAGAUUCUAGUAUAAAUCAGUCAGAUAAACUUGUUUCCGCAUCGGGUAUAUCACAACAGCAAACUUUACUGACAAGAGCAAGACGACGACAAAUUGACGGUAGAUCAUUAUCAUCGUCUAUCGCAAAGCAUGAUGAUGCUGAAAGAAUUUAUGGAAUUGUUCCAUUAUCACCAUCUUAUUUAUAUAAUCAAUUCAUGCCAUCUACUGGUUUAAUGAUUAAAGGAAUGAUGAGUAAUAGUAGUAGCAGUGGUAAUCGAACUAAUCAAGAUAAUGAGAUAAAUUUACCAGGAACUAUAAGUGCACCACCUGGAACACCAAUUAAAUUACCAUAUGCUGCUCCAGCCAGUCUAAUUGGUACAACAUCUGGCUUUAGUUGCCCAGAAUCUGGUUCACAAAUAAUCAGUGGAUUAGGAGUGAAUGGUUCAAGGCUAUCGCUUACUUCAAAUGGAUCUUGUGUAUCUACGGUAGAGGAAAAACAAGCUGAAGAAAUACAAAAACUUAAACGUAAACUUGAACAAGCUGAGAAAAAAGUUAGUGAAUUAACAACACAAUUAACAACGAAUGCUCAUGUUGUCUCAGCUUUUGAACAAAGUUUAAACAAUAUGUCACAACGACUACAGAAUUUAUCAAAUACCACAACAAGAAAAGAUUCAGAACUACAUGAAUUAAGAGCAACAAUUGAUGCAUUACGUAGUCAAACAGAAUUAGGACUAUUAAAAAAACCACCAAUUAAUCGACCUUGUGAAUUGAAUAGAUCAUUUACUAAUGAUACAUUGAAACAACAAGAUAAUUCAUGUAUUUCUACUACUACUACUAAUACUACUUCUACUUCUACCACUACUAUUAUUACUACUAAUACUACUUCCAAUACUGGUAGUAAUAGUGAGAAUGAACAAGCACAUAUUAAUUCACGUUUAACAAUUUCAAAUGCAAGUCUUACUGAUGUAGAUAGUCAACAAUUACAAAUGGAUAAUUCAAUUGAUAAAGUAUCAUCUACCACAUCCGGUUGUAAAUCUUCAGGAACUAAUGUGAAGAAAAAUGGAUGGUUUCGUAAUUCACUUGGUAAAGCAUUCCGUAAAAGGGCCACAUCAUCAUCAAGAUUAUCAAUACAUUCACAAAGUGAUAUAGAUUGUCCUACAUCAUCAAUACAACACAACUCUAUUUAUCAUAGUAACAAUAAUAGUAAUAAUAGUCUUCCUCCUGGACAUCCAUCCAACUUACCACAAAGUCCAACUAUGGAUCAUAAAGGAUUACAUAAUACUAUUAUAAAUCAAUCUAAUACGAAUUCUAUACAAUCUAAUAGUCAUAUAAAUGCUUUAUCUGUUUUAUCCAAUACACAUUUAAAUGGUUUAUCUCCAUCGAAUUCAUCAACAUUAUCAUCGUCAUCAUCAUCGUGGAGUACAUUAGGAAUAAGUGGAAAUGGUCAAAAUAAUUGUAAUAUCAUUACAGGUACUACUACUACUAUUACUACUACUACUAAUAGUAGUAGUAGUAGUACUAUUGUACCAUAUACAAAUGAACAAAUUAAUCGUUUGAACAACACACGAAUACAGCAACAACAACAACAACAGGACCAUCGACCAAUCCAUUCAAAUCAACAUAGUUGCCCAAAUUACUUAGUUAACUAUAAUGAUUCAGAUAAACAAAAUAAAUUAUUCAAUGUUGAAGGAGGUGAUAGAAAUAUUCUGGACAGGAAUGAUAGUAAAUUAGAAUUAAAUAAACAAUCAUGUCAAGAUGAAUUGAAUCAUUUAAAAUGUCAAUUAGCUGAAAAAGAAUCUAAAUUAACUGAUGUACAAUUAGAAGCUUUAGCAAGUGCUCAUCAAUUAGAUCAAUUAAAAGAUGAAAUGUCACAUUUAUAUUCACAAUUAAAUUAUUUACGUACAGAUAAUGAAAGAUUACAAAUAUUAGUGACACAUUUACAAAAACAACAACAUUAUCAUAAUCAUCAUCAUCAACAUCAACAUCAGCUACAACACAGUACUCCUGCUCCUGCUUCUCCUCCUCCUCCUCCUCCUCCUCCUCCUCCUCCUACUACUACUACUACUACUACUACUACUACUACUACUAAUAAUAAUAAUAAUAAUAAUAAUAAUAAUAAUAAUAAUAAUAAUAAUAUGUCAAUAUUAUGUAAUGCAGAGAUAAUACCCAUUGAAUGUGAUACUUGUUCAAAUCUAUUUAUUGGAUUUUCUGAAAAAACAAUUAAUUUAAACAAUUCAUUCAUUGCAACAGUCAAUCUUAUUUUAAACAAUUCUCAACAUAAUAAUAAUUCAUCAACCAAUUCUAUUUUAAAUAUUGGUAUCCUUUAUUUAACAAAAUUAUAUAAUUGGGAAUCUAUAAAUAAUCAUCUUGUUAAUUUAUAUAAUUUAUAUACAUCCUAUUUGAAUUUGAACGACCCGCGUGACCUUCAAAUGAAUGAAUUCAAACAAUUUCAAUUACAUAUUGAUUCAUUGAAUUAUACAUGGUAUAUUGAAUUUCAUCCAAAAACAUCAAAUUAUUCCAUUCAAUUUAAGGAUGAUAAUAAUGAGAGAACAAUUCAAAAUCCUCAACAUUUAAUUAAUUUAAUUCAAUCUCAAUCAAAACAAUUCAAUAUUCAAUUAGUUAUGAAUCAUGAUUUAUUGAAUAUUGAACAAGCAAAUUUAUUAGCGGAUCAUUCAAAUGAUUAUCAACAGAAUUUAUUUAAACAAUUAAAUAAUUUAAUGAUAAAAACUUUAUUAAAUCGUGAUAUUUUAUAUUUUUAUUAUGAAUUAUUAUAUACAUAUCAUUUAUUGAUAUUCUAUGAUAUAGAUGAUGUUUAUAUGAAUAUAGUGAUACAAGCAUUUUAUGAACAUAUUUGUUCAAGUAUAAAUUCAUCUUCAUUGAAAUUACAUCAUUUCAACUUAACUGAUAGUGAACAAACUACAAUGAAUGAUUUAUAUCAAUGUUUAUCACAAUAUAUGAAUAAUACAAUGAAUAGAACAGAACAAUUAUCGUCUAAUUUAAUAAUUCUAUUCUAUAUUCAAUCAAUGAAUCAAAUGUCUAAUGAUGAUUAUUUGAAAAUUAUCAAUGAUUUUCAAGUUUAUUAUAAUGGAAAGAAAGAUGAUCCAAAUAGAACAUGUUCAAUAUAUCUAAUUGGUACUUGGAUAACAUCAGUUGGCAAUAGUUCAAUUGAAUCAUCAUCAUCGUCGCCGUUAUCAUCAAUCCCAGGUCCACUUCAAAAUCUAACAACAACAACAUCAUCAUCAAUGAAUGUGAAAUUGAUCUCAUAUCCAAACAAAUAUAAUAGUAUAUAUAAAUCUGUACAAUGUUUCAAUGAAUUAAUUUGUUGGAUUGAAAUAGACUAUUCAUUUAAACAAUCUUAUAUGAUAGGUGAUUUAAAGAAACAACUUGUUCAUUCAUUAGUUAAUGAAUUCAAUGAAACACUAUCAUCAUCUUCAUUAUUGAAUCAAAUGGAUCAAGAAUAUUUAGAUAAAUUUCAUAAUCAAUUGAAAUGUUAUGAAGAUCUUAUCAAAUGGAUUCAGCAGGUUCUCAAUUAUUUAAAUCAAUUCAUAAUAGAAUUGCAUAAUCAUUAUCAUGAAACCACAUUAGAAGAUACGCAUCAAUCUCAUUUGAUCAAUCCAUUAAUAUUUUUAUCUUUACCAUUUCAUGAUGAUUUCAGUAAUUCUGAAUUAUGGUUUAUUGAUUUAUGGAAUAAUCAAAUUGUAAAAAUGAUAAAAAUUUUUAUUGAUCAAUGGUCUAAUCAUCAUCAGAAAUCAAUAAAACAACCGGUAAAUUGUAUUGAUCCAACCAAUUGGAUUUUAUCAACAUGGCCAUGGCAUACAACAAAUUGGUUAGAAUGUUUUCAUAAACAUAAACAUAAUAAUACAGAUAUGAUAUCUCCACCAUGUUUAAUACAUCUUAUUGAAUGAUGCACAUAGAAAUACAGUUAAAUCUUAAUGUUGCUUAUAUACUACUUACUAUUAUUAGUAGUAGUACUAGUAGUAGUAUCAGAAAGUAACAACUUAAAGUGUUAUAUAUGUUCUUCAACCAUACCAGAUCAACAGAUUUACAUAGUUUCAUUCACUAGGAAAUGUAUAAUAUAACUAAUCCAAAAUAUAUCUUCUAAAUUGUCCCUUUUUAUGUUCAAUUUGUAUAUACAUGAAAAUAAAGUUGCCUAGAAACAAUAUGUAUACAAAAUUAUUCAAAUAAAUCUAUAUAUGAACAAUGUGAUUUGAUUACAUGAUCAAGGAAUAUGGAUUUUGUUUUUGUUCUGUUCAUUCACUAAAAACAAAGAAAAAUACAUGAGUCCAUUGUAAAAUUCUAUCCAAUCAGUAUUUGAUAAUUAAUGAUGAAAAGAAAAUUA